CAUUCCUUCAUUGUAGUUACCUUGUUUUAGCUUCACAUCUACGCAGUGAUCCGGACGCAACAGGUUGCUGUAAUGCUAACUCUGUAUUCUGGCUCUGAGCUAGCUGGCUAACGUCACGAGCUAGUCAGUGUUGAAUUGGUUUUGAUGACCCAGUUGUUUAUCGGUGUCAUAUUCAGAUGAUACGCUCGAGCGAUUAUAUAUUUUGAUAUACAUCGCUGUUGAUUUAAUUAUGGACUAUGAGCUAACAGGGCUAACCUGCUGUAACCACUCAGAUCAUUAGCUUAGCUUGCUGGGCUAAUAAAGAGGCUGUUGAGUGUAAUAACAGCUUCAUAAAUACCAGUUAUAACUCAGUGAUGGUGGAGCGUUAAUCAUAGUUUGACUUGAAUACACAUUACGUGUUGUUUAUAUAGGUAUAUUGCUAUAGCUUAAUUCAAUGUUUUAUCAAAAACCUCUUGUCAUGUAUUUUAAGCACUUUUUAACACGUUCACUUCAUAAUUCACUUGAUUAAUAUAUAUAUAUAUAUAUAUAUUAUGAUCUCAGCGAGAUUUUCCAUCUCUUUAGAACAGACAAAACAAGAUUUAAUCCAAACAAAUUCCAAGAAUAAUGUAAAAGAUCUGAUUUUAUGAAAUGUCCUCACUUCUUAAUCAGGAUAUAUGGCAUCAAAUCAUUUGAAGAUCCAUGUCUAAGACUGGGAGAUUCACUUAUUCAGCAAGUCAUUGUUUCACAGUAAAUCUUAACUCAACUCCAAAAGUAUCUAGAAGUGAAGCUGUGAUACCGAGGUCAAGUCACGGCUGCAAGCCGUCAUCUAUAUAAAACUCAAGUGUGUAACACAAUUGUUAAUUGUGUAGCUGUACAGUCUAUGCAAUGCACUGCCAUACAGACACUCAGCGACCUCAGCCGUCAAGUCAGCCCCACUGUGUUUGCUAAUGAAAUGAGAGCAUUGUUUUUCUGGGACAGCAGAUACUGGGUCGGCUAAACUGUGUUGAAUACAGGGGGGUUGCCCAUAGCUAGGUCAGUCAGUGGCACAGUUAGCUUACUUCAGUUCUAAUGAGGCCAUUCAAUAAACUUGUAUAACCAUGUUUUUUUCUCAUUAUCUGGAGUUUUCUAUACAGUAAAAUAAUACUAAAAAUGACAUUGAGGCCCUGUUGAUUCCCACAACACUCUUCCGUCUCACUCUUCCGUUCCAACAGGAAUUCUCCUUGAGGCCUCAGUUCCCAUCGGCACCAACAACCAUGUCGUGCCGUGACAUCCAUGCCACCAACGCUUUUUCCUUCAUCAUUGCCUUUGUGUCAGUGGCUGGGCUUGCCGUGGCAACUGUAAUCCCACAGUGGCGAGUAACGAGACUCGUCACCUUCAACCGCAACGCUAAGAAUGUCAGUGUGUAUGAUGGGCUGUGGGCUAAAUGUGUGAAACAGGACGGCUUCUCAGGAUGCUACUACUAUGAUUCAGAGUGGUACUCUAAAGUGGACCAGCUCGAACUGCGGCUCCUGCAGUUCUGUCUGCCUGCAGGCCUGCUGUUCGGCUCGCUGGCCUUGCUGCUGUGCAUGUCUGGGAUGUGCAAGACCUGCUGCUGCUCAGACAAGCCUGAGCCGGACAUCAAAACUCUCAAAUUCCUGGUCAACAGUGCGGGCUGUCACCUGGUGGCUGGGACGUUCUUGUUCCUGGGUGGAGCUAUCGCCAUCGCCCCCUCAGUGUGGUUCCUGUUCCGUACUAAGGCUCUGAACCUCAGAUAUGACAACAUGUUCUCUGAUGGGUUUGCUGUAUAUGUAGCAAUAGGCUGCUCCGGAGGACUAAUGUUGGCGGCGCUGCUAAUGUUCAUGUGGUAUUGUAUGUGUAAGAAGUUGCCUUCACCCUUCUGGUUGCCACUGCCAUCCAUGUCGACCUCUCUGUCCACUCAGCCUCUCACUGCCAACGGAUAUCCUCCCUCCCCAGUGUAUGGUCCUCAGCCCUUUCCACCACAAGCCUAUCCUCCCACAGUCAUCGACACUCAGCAGUAUGUGCCAACCCACGGAUAUGCACAGAGUGUGGUUGCCCCUGCACCUACACAAGUGUACAUGUCUCAGAUGUCUGCUCCGGAUGGGUACGGGUCGGAGGUAGGAGGAAACCAGGCCUACAGCUACGCUCCCUCACAGAGCUACGCACCCUCACAGAUCUACGCACCCUCGCAGAGUUAUGCACCUUCGCAAAGCUACACUCCCUCUCAGGCAUAUGGUUCCGGCUACGCAGGCCAGCGCUACUCCAGCCGCUCACGCAUGUCUGGCAUAGAAAUCGACAUUCCUUUGCUGACACAAGGAGACUGAGAGAAGAAAAGUCCUUGAAGCCUUUAGUCUUUUAACCUUAUUUAGGUUCACCACUGAUGAAACUAACAGAGUUUGAUGGAUGGAAGUUAUUAACAUCAGAUUAAUAGCCUCUAGAGUGACAGUGAAUUCAGUCAGAUCAAUCCAGGUUUGUAGAUGAUGUUUAUGUACCUGGAGGUACAAUAUGAAGGAUGAUAAUUUCAUUAAAAUAUAUGAAAACUAAAAUAUAUGAAAACUAAAGCAUGGGUGUUUACAACACUGCAUUCAGCCUAUUGAUGUAGAAAGAGAAGAAAUUCAAGUUUCAUUUGGAGCCAUAAUCACUGAAAGACGCCUCAACUAACUUUUCUUCACCCUUUCACCAGAGUACCAUCUUCACAUUAGGUUUCCUCUCCUGUUUUGGUGGAAAAGGGACCAACUUAGUAAUAACAGGCAAACGGCACGUGCAUUUGGUUGGUGGCUUUUUUAUAGAAUACCACUCUGGGUAACAUUCAUGAGGCCUCUAUGUUUGCUGCCAAAAGUAUAUUUUUCUGUUACAUUUUUAAUGAUGAACUCGUCAGGUUCAUGUAAAAGUGAUUUGUCCUUGUAUCCACUUUAUGGAAGACUUCUGUUAUCACUACUGAACAAACACUUACUGACCUUAUACUAUAUGUUUUUAAAUAGACGCCUACUAACUCACUCACUCGUUUAGUGAAUUUUAACAUGAAUUGUUGAGAAUGUCACUACCCUGCAAAGAGCAGCUGUUAAAGGUUUUAAUGCACUAAUGAUGUGAAUACUGUGCCUGUUUACAUUGCCUUUGUAAUUGUAUGGCCUCUUAAUAACUAUUUAUCCAUUAUUGCAGCAUAUAUGUUGUUUUUUUACUACAUGUUUAUGUGAAAGGAUCAUGGCACUAGAUCUGUGAGUUGGGUUCAAUGUAAUGAGCCGAUGCAGAACGGUAAUGUCAGGAAUGAUAAUACUGUUCAUUUGCUCAACAGGACAUAUUAUGAUUAAAUAUAAAACUCAGUAAGAUCACCAGAUGAAGUGGUGAGACGUGUUCUAUUAGUACCACUAAACGUCUGCCAACUUAGCUGGAAGUGUGAUGUUCAGGAUGCUCGUAGUUGUGAUUAAUCCCAAUUUAACAGUCAGUUCAGUUGUUGCCUUUUGUGUGUUUUGCUUAAUGAGCACUGAUCAACGUGAUGUUAAUCCUUAAUGUUUAGGUUCACGAUAUUGUCAAAUGUUAUUUUCUACACUUUCAUCGUAUUGUUUUUAUUAAAACAAAUCCCAAUACA